UCCGCCAACAAGGACUGCUAUUUGUAUUUUUAAGCUUUAUAAUAAAUAAAUAAAUUACCAAUGUUUAAAAAAUUUCUAGAGACGAAAAAUCUAUUGCUCAAUCAAUUAAAAAUAUGUCAAAGCACAAAUAUAAGACUUACCUCCAAAAGAACUUACAGUAAGAUACCAAGAAAAAGUUAUCCUAAACGGAUAUUCUCAGGGAUUCAACCAACAGGCACUGUACACUUAGGAAAUUAUUUAGGUGCAAUACAAAAUUGGGUUGAUAUGCAAAAUAAUGGAGAAGAUGUAAUUUGGAGCAUUGUUGACAUGCAUGCCAUUACACUUCCAUAUAACUCAAUGGAACUCAGACAAAAUAUCCUGAAAUUGACUGCUACUCUGUUGGCAUGUGGUAUUGAUCCAGAAAAAAGCAUUUUAUUUCAGCAAUCAACUGUGCCUAUGCAUGCUGAAUUAAGUUGGAUAUUUUCAUGUUUAGUUACAAUGCCAAAACUCACUCAUCAGCCUCAAUUCAAAGAGAAAAGUGAAAAAAUAAAAAAUAUUCCUCUAGGCCUUUACAUUUAUCCUGUUUUACAAACUGCUGAUAUCUUAUUGUACAAAGGAACUCAUGUACCAGUAGGAGAAGAUCAACUUCAACAUAUACAAUUAGCAGAACAUUUAGCACAAAAAUUCAAUUCAGUCUAUGGUGAAACAUUUCCUAUGCCGAUUGCAAUUAUUUACAAAAAUGCUGGUAGAAUUAAGUCAUUGAGAGAUCCAGAAGACAAAAUGUCUAAAUCAUCUACAGAUGUCAAAAGUCGCCUUGACUUAACAGAUGAACCAGAUGUUUUACUGAAUAAAGUAAAGAAAGCUAUCACAGAUUUCACAUCAGAAAUUACGUAUGAGCCUGAAAAACGGCCUGGUGUGGCUAAUUUAUUAAAUAUACAUUCAAUGAUCACAGGAAAGUCAGUUGAACAAAUUUGUAAAGAAGUUGAAGAUUUGAAUACUGGCCAAUAUAAAUUAUUACUGGCUGACAUUGUAAUAGAAAAAUUAAAUCCUAUCAGAAAACGUAUCAAUGAAUUUAUGGAUGAACCAGAAUAUCUAAAAGAAGUUUUACAACAGGGAGCUAGAAAAGCAGAAAAUAUUGCUAUAACAAAUUGGUUAGAAGUAAGGAAUAAAGUUGGUUAUGGAAUUGGUACAUUAUCAAUAAUUUCAGAUAAAUUGCAUUUACAAUUUAAUAGAUAACAUUUAUAACAAAGAUGAAUAUUUAUUAUAAUAUACCUAAUUUCUUUGUACAAAUAAAAGCUAGAUAUUAAUUUAAUAUAAAAAUAAUUCAAACACACUAUAGUCAACAC